GGAAGACUAGACAGUCUGUUUAUCGUCUGCACUUUUUCUCUGUUCUCUGUAAUGGAUGUUCUGUGCAAUGGAUGUACUCGUUGAAAUACGUACAUAGAGGAAAAAUGCGAUUAGUAUUCUAAUUUUUGUUUCACAAGCAGAACACCAGCUGUUUCAAUUUACAAUGGUGUGUAUGUGUGGCUUCGCUCUGUAAAGUGAGCAGCUCGAAAACUGAUCACAGCGUCCACAAGAAGAUGCCUUGUAGAUUAUUAAGCGGUUACCAUAUCUCAUCCACCUUGGAUAAGAUGCGAGCUUAGAGCAUUAGAAGCGACCCGCUACGGUUGGUUAUUAUUUUAUAACUUGCCUUCUUAUGAUUGUGCGCGCUGAUAAUGCGCGUUCCUGUUGCUAGGAGCCGUCGCGCUGGGGCUGUGGGAGUGCAACCCUGAAAUUAAUCAGCCGCUCAAAGAAAUUCAAUCGCGCCUAGAAACUGCCGGCACCUGAAGCGCGCUGAACACACAAUGGAAGAUAAACAAUUUGAAGGAGCUCCGUUUGGAACUCAGAAAGCCAGGUUUGAUGUGUAUGGUGUUCACCCAGACAAUAAGUUGCAAGGCAGUUACACUGAAAUACCAUAUGAUAAGAGGGCCAUCAGCGGACCGGAAGCAAGGCUAGGGCCUGCAUAUUACGAUGUGGACACAGGGGAUUUCAGUGCUAGGAUUGUUGCCGAGAAAGCAUCAGGGCCGGGUUGGGCAAGGGAAAAGGAAAUGGAACGCUUUGCUCAAACACCACAGUUAUUCUAUAAAGAACAAAAGCAAAAACAGAAGUUCUUGGAAAUUAAUCGUGGUCCAGGUAAAUACGAGGUCCCACAUUUUCUUGACUUACUGGCAAAGAAGAAUAUUGGAAAGAGAGGUAUUUUUGGCACUAGAGAAGAACGAUUUAAAAAGCAACAAAGUAUUAUUAGCCCGGGCCCUGGUUCAUAUGGAAAAGGAGGGAUUCCAAUGGCUGUGCUGGAGGAAAAAGCGAAUAAAUCCGCAGGACUACGGGGAAUGAUGGAUUCAAACAGUACAAAGAGCCGAUCCCUUGAAGCAAUGGGCUGCGAAUUGUCACCAAACACCUAUAAAAUUGAAAGUGGAUUGGACAAACUUUUGCGGCAAGUGGUCAGUAAACGUGGCCCCUAUGAUCUCUUUACAGGCGAGAGAGGUGAACGGAUAAAAUCGGGCCACCGUGCAACGAACCCACUAAACCUCAGCCCUGGAAUGUAUAACAUCAGAUCAUUUACUGAUAGCCUUUGGAGUACUGAAAAGAAAAACCAGGGGAAAUUCAGGACGGCAAAACAGUACCCGUUUCCUCCAGUGGAGAGAAUAUACUUCAGCACAGCAAACCUGUUUCGGCAACCAGUUGGUGACUACGGCUUUUAUGAUGUGAAGCAACUCUCCAAACCAGAAAAUCAAAAUCCGCCUCCCUUUUUGUCAUCCACAAGCCGGGCUGGUCAUAUGCCUGUGAAAAUGCUCACCUUUAACCCUAACAAUGUUGGUGUUGGUCGCUAUGACCCCACUAAAUAUGACCCAAAAUCUGGGGCUACUUAUAAAUCAUGUUUCCUGUCCAAAACGCAGCGAACACUGAACAACUUGGAAAGGAACAAACAUAUGGAGGAGCGGCUAAGGAGCACAAACUCGUCAAAUCCAGAUGAAGUGAACUGAAAUAAUCUUUUUGAAAAACCAUCUCCAAUAACCAGUUCUGUAAGAAUGAAAUAAAGGACUCAGAAUUUCAAGGCAAACAUAAUUUGAUCUAUUGUCUUAAUAUAAAGAAUACAAUGCUUUAGUAAUUGGUUUACAUUUGUUACUUAGUCAUCGAGUAGUACAGCAAGGAAACAGUCCCUUUUGUCCAACUCAUCCAUGCUGACCAAGAUGCUCAUCUAAGAAAGUCCCAUUUGCCCGCAUUUGGCCCAGAUCCCUUUCCGAUCCAUGAAACUGUCUAAGUAUCUUUUUAAAUUAUAUCAUAGUACUUGCCUCAGCUAUUUCUCCUGGCAGCUCAUUCCAUAUACCAACCAUCCUCCGAGUGAAAAGGUUGUCCCUUAGGGUUCUUUUAAAUCUUGCCCCUCUUACCGUAAAUCUAUGUCCUCUGGCUCUUGAUUCCUCUAGCCUGGGUAAAAGACCUUAUCUUUUGCCCUCAUCAUUUAUACUUUUCCCCAACCUUUCCCCAUAGCUCAGGCCCUCAAGUCCCAGCAACACCCUCGUAUAUAUCUUCUCUGCUCUCUUUCCAGCUUAAUAACUUCCUUCUAGAGCAAGGUGACCAAAACUGAACAUAGUACUCCAAAUGCAGCCUCACCAAUGUCUUGUACAGUUAACAUAAUGUCCCAACUUCUAUAUUGAUUGCCAUAUUUGAU